AUGGCACGUGAUAGGAACCACCUGGCGUACCCACCCAGUGCCCCUGAUGAAGGGGAGGAAGUGGUUUCCACAUCAUAUAGCCCCAGCCAUCAGGCUCGCAGGCCGCACUGUCAUCCUUCGCUUUGUACUCCGAAGAGCUCGGAGCUGGAGGAUGAGUUUGAUGGAUGGAGGACACUGGCAAGUGCAGGAAAAGAACUCAAAGAUAACUUCCUGAAAGCCCUGGCAGAGCGAGAGGAGGCCAACCGCAGUGGGAAAAUGACUUCGGUCAUUUUCAUAAGGGAUCAUAAUACUCUUGGACAGGAAGUAUCUGGCUAUAUAGACUACGCCCACAGACUCAAGACCCAAGAUUUUCAACCAUAUUUCAGCGGAAAGAAGAGACUGGUGCCAGGACGCUCGGAUUUAUGCUACUACAACUGGAAGACCCAGGUGUCCACGUCCAACUCCAGCCCCAACUUCGAGGUGAUUUAUGACGACCCAAACGGCCUGCUCUUUAAGAACAAACGGGACAAAAAGAUCCUGAAUGUGGAUCCGUCGUCCGGUCCCGGUGAGGACUCUAAGAGGACGUUCGUCCAGUCGGACCUCUACGUCCACGUCGUCAUCUACGACCACAACAUCAGGACUGUCUGAGCUUCACAGGCCGCUGCCGACACAUGGGUACAUAUGGACUGUAUUGGAGACCUCUG